AUGUCAUCUUUUAAAGGUAUUGCUAUCCUCUGUUUUUAUUCCAACGGGCUCUUCCAAGGCCACUGUUUAAGCACAAUAAACAACGAAUCACCAUACAGUCUUGCUGGCAAACUGAUCGAUCACACUGACCCAAAACACAAUGAUUGCAUGGAGCCAGACGACUUUUACAGUGUUUUGAUUCAACCAUACAACAACAAGGACGACGAAAUCAUCUCACUCCUACUACGAAGACCUAAGAACAACGAUGCAGCAGGAUUAUCCACACACGAGCACGAAGAAGAAACCAACAAUGGCUAUCAAUUCACAUUUGAAACGAGUCAAUUCUUAUCUGGUCAGCAAGCAAUGGCAUUCAAAAACAAAUACUUUGUCAACAAUAACAAUAGCAGCAGCCCUGAAGAAGAUGAUCAAGAUUUGAUAGUGUGCAUUGGCAAUAUAGAGUUCAAAAAAGACUGA